UUCAUUGCAUCUUACGUAAAUUUGAACCCCACACUCUCUUAAUCACACAGAGAAUUGAUUUAAGGCUUUUUUUGCUAAAUUUGUUCAUUAUGAUUUUCACCUCCUCAUCGAAUGCCUCCGUUUCAUCUUUUGUUGUUCUGAGACAGUUUGGGUAAAGCAAUUGGCGAUGGCGUAUUCAUGUCAGCUUCGUAUCCCUCCAUGCCUUGUUCCCACGCCUGUAAGAAGAAGAAGCACUUCGAUGUUUCAACAGAGCCAAUUACAAGUCAAGAAAGCGGCUGUUCCUCACCCUCAGCCCGUCAGAUUCUCCCCCAAGAACAAAGUUUUCGAGGAUCUGGCUCAAGGUGUUGUCUGUUACAGAGAUGAAAAUGGAGAGAUCAUCUGUGAAGGGUACGACGAAGGUCCUCGGUGUCUCCCACAGAGCUCAAGAACGGCUUGUUAUUCAAGAGAAGCAGAGAUUCUUGAUCUUCUGCAGCGCAGUUAUCAGGAGCUGAUAGACGCGGGAAAGAAUCAUAGACAGAUGUCUGCUCCACAACAAGGGUUGAUGAUGAUGAAGUGGAACAGCUUUGAUCUCUUCUAGUUACCAAGAAACAUUAUCUUUCAUUAUCUUUUGUAGACUUCGUGUAAGUAUGAUGUUUCUCUUGUAAAAAAACAGAACAUGCAGACCCUAGAUUCUGAUUAAAUCUCUGAAUUUCUAGAUCAAAUUUAGGAUUAUACCGUGUAACUACAGUAAUUUCAAUGACAAGCUUUUGGAAUC